UAUUUACAUGAUGUAAAUGUUAGAUCAGACACCGGUUGAGUGAUGCAAAUAUUGCUUAUUCUGUUGACCCUGAAAUCGAUAUUAAAUUUGUAUACACUACGUCAGUCUGACGCUCCUCCUCUCAGCCAUUCCUUUGUCUGCUUCCUUUCGGGAAGCAGUCGAAGCAACUGUUGGGUUCUCCUAACUUAGAGAUAGUUAACUCUAAACCGUUGCCUAAAAGAGCUAACGUUUCCUAAUGGAGUCUCUUAUUACUAAAGUUAAACUAUUUACUGCUGUUCCGCAGGGGAUGAUAAACUCAGCGUUAAACUGGUCGAGGAGCUGAAUGAGGAAAUGGCUGCUUUUCUAACUGCGUCACUCGUGUUGUUUCUGCUGGGUUUCAGCUCCAAGGUUGUUGCUGAAGGUCAGAGAAACAUCACAGCUGAACCAGGAGACAACGUCAUUCUGACAUGUAGAGCAGAUGAGAACAAAGAUGUUAUAGUUGUAGAGUGGAGCAGAACUGAUCUGGAGUCAGAUCAAUAUGUUGUUGUGUACAGGGACAAGAGGUUUUAUCCAGAGGGUCAGUCUCCAUCCUUUAGGAACCGGGUGGAUCUGCUGGACGUGAAGAAUAGAGACGUGUCUUUGGUUCUGAAGAACGUGACGACUGAUGAUACAGGAACAUAUGAGUGUCGAGUCGUUCAGGGAGGAAAUAAUCGCAGGAAGAGAUCUCUACUGGACACUGACCCCAUCUGCAUCAUUAACCUGAUAGUUGAAGCAGGUCAGAGAAACAUCACAGCAGAACCAGGAGACAACGUCAUUCUGACAUGUAGAGCAGCUGAGAACAAAGAUGUUAUAGUUGUAGAGUGGAGCAGAACUGAUCUGGAGUCAGAUCAGUAUGUUCUUCUGUACAGAGACAAUAAGUUGAAUCCUGGGGCCCAGUCUCUGUCAUUUAGGAACCGGGUGGAUCUGCUGGACGUGAAGAAUAGAGACGUAUCUUUGGUUCUGAAGAACGUGACGACUGAUGAUACAGGAAGAUAUGAGUGUCGAGUCGUUCAGGGAGGAAAUAAUCGCAGGAAGAGAUCUAUUCUGAAGACUGAGCCCAUCUGCACCAUUAACCUGAGAGUUAAACAAGGGAACCAGGAUGGAGGAAACAAGGACGGACAAAAGGAGGAUGGAGGGAGCUGUACUGGCUGGAUAGUUGGUUUUAUAGUUUUAGCCAUUGCCUCCAUUCUUCUUGCUGCUGUUGGAGUCGUCUUACUCCGUCAAAGGCAGAGAUAUUCUUCACCAAGAUCUGACUGACCUCCAGCAUCAGAAGGGAUGUUUGCAUCAGGAACAGAAAACUUCUCCUGCAGCUGGAGAAGAACUUGAACCUAUGAAUCCUGAAAACCUGUCCUCCAGCUGAAGAGAGAACAUCAAGGCAUCAUUUCCACCUGAACAAACCUUCAGCUCUGUGAAAACUUUUUGGACAUAUAAAAGAACACUACAGCUUGUGCCUUUGGGUGAUUACAAUGUGAGAUUUUAUGGUUUCCACAGUUACAUUUGGCAACUUUCAUAUUUUUGUUUAUUUUGUGUGAAUCAAAGAAUUAAACUCCUAAAUGUGUUUAAUAAGGAUUUAAAGUUUUUAUUUUGAGCUUCUUUAUAUUAUUUACCUCUUUUCUCAACAUAAUGUGCACGCUUUAUUCAGUGUUCAUGUACCUCAGAAUUUAUCUAGUUUUGAUUAUUUUGGGCUCUUUCAUUAUUUAAGUCUUUUAAUGUGAAAAACAGAAAUAAAUAUUGGGUAAACUUCUGGGAGAAAAAUAAACAUUGAAAACUUUUUUACAAUUUAGAAUUAAAUUCAAAGCGAUUAUUGACUAAGCAUUUAUUACAGAUCAGGAAUAAAAUCAAAACAGGGAAUUAUUUUACACUUAAUGCUUGAAAACAUUCCAAACUGAUAUUUAUUUUAAUUUAUUACAGCCUUCUUGGUAUAACACUUAUCUUAUUUGCUGUGCAGAUUGGCUAAAAACAGGAACAAAACUGCAAAGCCAUGUUGUGUCACCCUGUUUGCUGCUGGGACAGAAACAGAGAAAAUUAAAACUGGUUCCUGUUAGACAAAAGCUAAAGUGUGCAGGCUGGUGAUUGUGAUGGCCAGUCCUGCAGCCACACAGUCGGUAACCCCACAAACAACCACUUUUUAGUUUCCCUAUAAUUAUUGUUUGGAUUGAAUCUGUCCUCACUGUUGCUUUUAUCACCUGGAUUGUCAGUCUAUCAGCUGGAAACAAGAACAGGAUUAAGCACAUUUUUAAAAUUGCUGGCAACAUUAUAAGAUUUAGAAGAAACAGUUUUUAAAGGAGUUCUACAAAAGGCAGAACACAUAAUUCAUUCUUCACAUCACCCCCUCCAUAGUGAAUUCAAGCUAUUACCAUCAGGGAGGAGGUUCAGACAUCCUAAAUUAAGAACAAAGAUGGAAAAACUCUUUUAGCCAGGUCAUUAUUCAGAUAAAUCUUAAUGGUUAUCAGGCUUGGUUUGUUGUUCAGCCUGUUUUAAUUGAUAAUUGUACAUGGAAGCUUAUUGAUUUUGUUGUGGCUAAAUUAAUUAUGUGAUUGUUUCUGUGUGUGUGGUUUUGUCUGUGUCUUCUUGUCCCACCUAGAUGUAAGGAGAAUUUCCCUAAAGGGACACAAUAAAUGAUACUUGGCUUUAAAGAAGAAAA